GUACCACCUAAACACUUCCUGGUUUGAAAUGGCCGACUUGCCGACAAGCGAUAAACUCACGCGAUAACUUCUUUUGUUUUGUUGUUCUCGGCACAACAAGUCGUAUUUGUUGCUACAAUGCCGGGUGGCGAUAAAGAAACCGACCUGACCGAGAGAGUCGAGGCCUUUCUGUCCGACUUAAAGCGAGGCGGGAGCGGGACCGGACCUCUGCGGGGCUCGGCGGAGACAGCCCGAGAAACGACCUCCUUGCUCCGCAGGAUCGCGUCGCAGGCCCGGUGGAGCAGCGCAGGCGACCUGAUGGAAAUCAUCCGGAAGGAGGGCAGGCGGAUGGCCGCCGCCCAACCGUCGGAGACCACCGUCGGGAACAUGAUCAGACGAGUGCUCAAGAUUAUCAGGGAGGAGUAUGCAAGGUCUCGAGGCAGCAGCGAGGAGCUGGACCAGCAGGAAUCUCUCCACAAGCUGCUGACAACAGGAGCGCUCAGCGAGGAGAACUUCCGCCAGCAUUUCGCUCCCCUCAAAGCCAACGUCAUCGAGGCCAUCAACGAGCUGCUGACGGAGCUGGACGGGACGACGGACAACAUCGCCAUGCAGGCUCUGGAGCACAUCCACUCCAACGAGGUCAUCAUGACCAUCGGCCGCUCUCGCACCGUCGAGGCCUUCCUCAAGGACGCCGCACGCAAACGCAAGUUCCACGUCAUUGUCGCCGAGUGCGCGCCCUUCUGCCAGGGGCACAAGAUGGCCACCAGUCUGUCAGAAGCUGGCAUUGAAACGACGGUGAUCGCAGACGCCGCCAUAUUCGCGGUCAUCUCUCGCGUCAACAAGGUCAUCAUCGGGACACAGACGGUCCUCGCCGACGGGGGCCUGAGGGCCGUCAACGGCACGCACACGCUGGCGCUGGCGGCCAAGCACCACUCCACGCCGCUCAUCGUUUGCACGCCCAUGUUCAAGCUCUCGCCCCAGUUCCCAAAUGAGGAGAACACCUUCCACAAGUUUGUCUCCCCGCAUGAAGUUCUUCCGUUCACUGAAGGGGAGAUCCUGUCCAAGGUGAACGUGCAGUGUCCCGUCUUCGACUACGUCCCGCCGGAGCUCAUCACGCUCUUCAUCUCCAACUUCGGCGGACACGCGCCGUCGUACAUCUACCGCCUCAUGAGCGAGCUCUACCACCCGGAGGAUCACGAAUUGUAAUCGGUUGCAUCAAAAAAGAAAACGAGAGUCAAAUGGAUAUUAAACAAGUGAUGUCUUUG